UAUUGAAAUUAACAAAUACUUAACAUGCUUUAAAAUUAUCUUCUCCUGGAAACUAAUUAUACAAUAUUUCUCAUUAUACUUAUUGUAAUUAUAUAUAUAUAUAUAUGCUUAUAUAACUCAAUGAGAGAAAGAACAAUAUAGCUCAAUAAAAAGUAUUAGACUCUUUAUAUUAUCAUUCAGACUACGCGCACGCACGCAUGCGCACUGAUGCAUGCGGUGUGCUAGGACUGUAAACAGCUUAAGCAGGCGUCAAAGCUCUUCUGUGUGUCACUGUUGUUGCAUAUUCUUCCAUUAUUGUUGCUCAAACUUAAUGUAUUGCAGUGCAGCUCAUGAGGCAGAACUAAAGUUAUGAAAAUGAUGAGUAUAGAUUGAAUUUGCUCCAGUAAAGUGGAUUUUUCAUUGAGAUAAGACGGUUGAUGCAAGAAAAAAGUCAAAGAGAUGUGUGACUGGUCUAUGGACAUGUGUCUAUUAUUGAUAGACCUUUACGAACGACAUCCGGUGUUAUGGGACCCCAAGCAUUAUUAUUAUUAUUCCAAGAAGAAGAAAUUGGAUGCAUGGGAGGCGAUAGCUCAAAGUAUGAAUCUCGAUAUGAAAGUUGUGCGACAGAAGAUGGUCAGUUUGCUUGGUUCCUUUCGGGCUCAGAAGAGCAAAGGCAAGAAGUCAAUAGGAACUGGAGCAAAUAAAAGAGACGUCUACAUUUCCAAAUGGUUUGCAUUUGAAAGGAUGCAUUUUCUACUAGACAAGGACGAACCCAGAAAUCAUAUUCAUGCCGAAGCAGGCAAUUCAGACCUAACGAACGAAUCUGGUCCUUCGUCGCCUCUAUCAGAUGAGUACUUUCACGAGCCGACCACCAUUAUAGAGACGCCUGACGACUCUCACGUGAUGUUACUGGACAACGACCAGAGCAACUUGACGGUGGAUGAGACGGACGACUGCAAUGUGCUGGGGAAAGAGACCCGAGGUUCUAAACGGUCGAGGAAGAGAAAACUGUCGCAGGACGGUCGUAGGGUCGAUCAGUCGUUCGACGCGCUACAGGACGCGCACAUGUAUUCGUACGCGCGGGCACAAUUGAUGCAGGAUCGUUUCUCUACGUACGGCGAACACGUGGCGAACAAGCUGCGUAUGUACAGCACGAGGACGCAGGCGAUCGUCGAGCACGCGAUCAACAAUAUCCUCUUCGAGGCGGAUAUGGGCAACUACGAGAAAUUCGAGGCGGACGAUCCGAUGAUCUACAAUCACUUCCUCAAGUGUCCCGUGGUCUCGUCCAGCACGGCGUCGUGCCACAAGUCCGAGCCGUCGUAACGACCGACUAUUGUGAAUUACACUGCCGUGAUGCAAUGUGCGAACCAUAUUGAUGCAAAUCAAGUCCAGUGUCGAUUCGCUGUGUGUAUGAUGAAAGUAUCAUGUAUGUAUGUAUGUAUGUGCGCUUGUAUAAGAGAGAUUAUUUGUGUAUAUAAUCAUACGAUGUAUUACCUUGAUUAUAUAUAUGCAUGUAAUGGUAUAUAUAUAUAGUUCAUAAGGCUCGACUCUUAGUUUGAAAUAAAAUGAUAAGCUAAUGUGUCACA